AUGCUGCCGUUCGUUAUAUCAGCUGAUAUCCCUCAGCACCGUAUGUUGGCAUCUAAACAGAGCCAAGAAACCUCCAAGCAGCCACGCAUGCAGACCCCUCUAGCACCCGGACUUCCAAGAACAACAGACGCGCAUGAAGGACCCAUCGAUGCCUUCGACAAUCAAGAUCUUGGCCAAGAGGAGAACAGUCUCUAUGCCACAGACACGCUCAACUUUGAGUACUAUGGCCCGCGCUGCAUGAUGUCCUUUUACUCCCAGCCUGCUGUGGACUGGAUAGUUUUAAAAGUGGAAUCACCCGAGUAUAACAGCUCGGUCAAGCGCCUUGUUCAAGAAUCGGCUCGGAUGCUCAAAAUGAACCACGCGUAUUUUGAAGAAGGAUCGGAUCUUGCUUGGGGCUUGGUCGAACGCCCUGUAUUUGAAUCCCGACUCCGCGCGCACUUUAGCGGCGCCCACACCCCAGUUACAGACGACAAAGGUUGGUACGCACUACGCAACAUCAUCUGGGCGCAUGGGUGCCAGAUUGUUCUUUCCAAGACCAGGGCCUUCCACGACACCUUGCAGGCUUCGUGGGCUCUUUUCCAAAAUGCACUUUCUGUGCAUACCGAGAUCAUGUUCUUACACACUUCCUUGAUGGGUGUCCAGGCCCUAAUAUCGAUGGCAUAUUUCAGUGAGAGUAUGGGUGAAGUGUCGCUACAAUACACAUUAUGCACGGACGCUUUGCGACUCGCGUGCUCCAAAGGUCUACAUAGACAGCCCUCACACUCGUGGAAAAUCCCGCCGCAUGAAGUCAGACAUCGGAACUGGAUAUUCUGGUCCAUUUAUUGCCUGGAGAAGCAAAUCUGCACCCGUUCAGGCCGCCCUUCAAUAAUGGACGAUGAUGAAAUCAGUUGUCAGGUUCCUCAAACCGUCCCAAGUGGACUACCGAGCGAUACUCUGUACUGCCACACGUUGAUCAAGAUGAUGCAAUUAGCCUCCACGGCUAGGAAGCAGCUUUCCAGUGCGCGUGCUCUCAGGCAGACGACUGACCAGCUAUUUCAAGCCGUGCAUAAUCUAAGGGAGGAACUCGCAGAAUUCAAGAACUCGGUACAGCAGCAUAUCUGUCUUGACGAUGCGAUUGAUGUUGCUCGAUUACCAGCUGGUAUGACCCUGCGCCAGGCUCAAUCACUUCAAUCACAUUAUUUCUGUCUGGUGUUGGACAUCAAUACCCCUUUGACCUACCCUUGGUUGGAUGUCUCCACAUAUGUAGCGGGUAAUAUGAUGGCUGCUUCCCAGGUGCAUGCUUCAUAUAACGACGUGGUUCAGGUUUCGCGCGCUGCUAUCCUUGCCGCCAGGCAGGUACAUAUCGACGGUGGCUGCGCUGCCUUAAUCGCUCGAUACGCUCCGUUGUACAGUUUUUUCAACCUCUUCAUCCACAUCAUUCGAGACACCACAUUGUCCACUGUUCCAUCAGACCUACUACUACUAGACCUUACAUUGGGUUACUUUUCCAACCUCGAACUUACCACGGGUCUCCAGCUGCCGCGUCUUUUCGUGAGAGAGAUGUGCCACUUUGCCCGUCUUGCUGUGAAGCAUCAGGAGCGCUCGCAAAAGAGCACUACAGAGCCAGAAAUCAGUAAGGAGAUCGAGGCCAAUGAAAGCUUCCAGCCUGCACCUUUGACGAAUUCCACUUUGAGCAUAGGCGACACCGAUACUGUUCCAUUACUUGAGCAGGAUUUCUUUGAAUUAUUCCCAGCAGAAGAUUUCGAAACGUGGAGCACUCUGGUUCCUUUCGAUGAGGCUACCGAUUGGACGUUCUGA